GUUGAUUUCUUGUCUGCCAUUGUUUGGUAGGGCAGGCAGGCCCACGAACUGGUAUGAAUGAGUAAAGGAGGGAAGUGAAAGAGAGGAUGAUGGAAAGAAAAGACAGCUGAAGUCGUCUUUUGAUAGAACUGCGUGCGAGUGGGGGAGUUGAUUGCCUGUUCGGGAAAGGUGGCUUUUGGACCUUCUUCUCUCUUCUUCUGCUUCUUCUUCUUCUGCUUCUACACGGCUUCAUCUUUUCCAUCCAUCUUUAUAGAUCAGCUAUGGUGUGGCUGGACUUGUCUGUACAAUAUGGACUGAAUCCCACGUCUCCCAUAAUAACAACAACAUCAUCAUCAUCAUCAUCAUGGUCCUCCUAGUCACCACCAAACCCAUCCUCGCCGCCUUCGACGCCAUCUCCUCAUCCUCCCGGGAGAAUCUGGAGCUUCCAGACUCCCUGGCUCUCGGGGAACCCAUAUCCCACGAUCAAGUGAUCCGGAUCUCGCGAUUUUUUCGAGACAAUCACACGAACGAUGCAAAUGACGAGGAUAGAAGCUUGGAUGCUCUCCUUCGCGGGAUGAGAAUCUACAUCCCUCCGCCGCCACCGAAACCCGAGCCAAGCCCGGAAUACCUCGCCCUAAAAGCCCGUCUCCUUGCCGCCGCCGAAGCGGACGCUUACCACCGCAUGACCUCGCCCACACCAACCGGGCCCUCAGCCUCAGCCAUAUUUUCGUCCUCCUCACCUACUGUCGCCGCCUUGCACGAUGCAAAAUCCACCAGCACUGACGCAACCAACUCCGCCGACCCGCUUACCCCAUCCCUCGUGCUUAACAUCUUCCUCUCCGUCCUGAUCACGGGGUUUAGCGUCUACUGGGCCCUGACUAAAUUCCACACGCCGGAUAUUCUCAUCACAGGGAUUUCAUCCUUAUGGCAUAGGUCUUCGGGAGCUACAGCACACCGCACAGCGGCGUAUCAAGGUCGAGGCAGUGGCGCUGGUGCUGGUGCGUCGGAGCCCGUUCGCGUGCUGCUAUCGCUUUUUGCCGCGUUGGGCGUGGGGGUCGCAGAGGUGCUUAUUUAUGCAAUUUACCUUGGGAAGAUCGAGCAGGCUCGAUCUCGCGAGAGGAGAGUGAGGGAGCGGAAGGAAAUUGUGGGUAGGGAGGAGAUUGGCAGGAAGGGGGAUUCUGAGAAGACUCCUCGGCUGGCUGGCGAAGAACAAAAAGAGGAAGAAGAAGAAGAAGAAGAAGAAGAAGGACAAGAUACUGAGACGGGAGAGGUGAUCUGGGGCCGAGGACCGAAUGGCGGAUUGAGAAGGAGAGUUCGCGAAAAGUGGGAGGAGGGGGAGGAAGAGAUCAAGAAAAACGAAUCAAGGCGGGUGGUGAACUUGGGUGUAAGUUAACCUGCUCAUUUGACUCUAAAUACAGGCUCGGCUCGUCCUUGGUCUUCGUCAUUUUACAAGUCCUUUGCGACGAUUAUAU